AUGCCACCACGAGCGAGAGACACUCCCAAGAGGAACAGCAAGAAGCCCUCCAAGGAGGUACUCAGAAAUCCCGAGGACAAGGCGCUCCAAAAGCCUCCAAAAUCGGGUCCAAAGAAGGCACCUCUUGACAGGAGAAAUCGAGUGCAAAAGUAUACCGGGCGGAAGUUGGCAAAAACAGCCCGUCGGAAGAAGAGUGACAAUCAGGAUGUCUUUGAAAAGUCGGAUGAGAGAGCCGUAGGUGAUCCAGCUAAUGGAUAUGCGGCCCACAACGUGCCGGUUGCCGAGUAUCAAUUACUCGAUAACCUGCCUUCAGUGGCAGGAAGCUUGAAGAAUGUGCUGCUGAAGAGAUAUAUCACGAAACCCGACAAGCAUCAGCAGGGUAUUGGCAGAGAGACUUUUCCAAAUGAUGAUUGCGGGUCUAUUGGACAGUCCAUAGAGCUGAAAGUCGGUAACGAGGAGCAGUGUACAGUGUAUUCUGACAAAAGUGACCUUGACAGCCAGACAGCCGUCGACACUGGAGAAGACUUCGUCAAGUAUAAUCAGAGGAAAUUAUAUAUCAAGAAGUUGCUAACCAGGAUCGACGUCGACGGGUCUUUAAAAGAGAUCAACAGCCCUGUUAGAAUUGCUCGUCCUCACGACGUGACAGCUAGCGCCAUGGAUGACUAUGACAUUGACAUGUUCCGACUCAAGGCAAUUCGCUGGAAAGAGAGAGACAUCCAUGAAUACGUCACCCAAAAGCAUGGAUAUCGCUUCCAGCAAAAGACCAUCGGAACUCGCUACUGCCGAAUGAAGAAAGCCAUACAGAAGCAUACCGAUGAGAUGCUCGAGCAGGGUCUUGCAUUCUGGCACGAGGGUGAUGACCCAUCGCUGCGUGCUGCAAAGGAGCAGGUUGACGUCGAAGUGGGGAAGUUUCUCCACGACCUCGAGGCGCUCAAGUGGGAGCUGACUGCAGAUCGCCUCAAGAUGCUCAAGCCAGUUACCAACUUCUCCGCCGAGGCUUGCAAGCGCCGCAUCGAAGAGCUUGGGUGUGAUCUGAACGCUGCCACGAUCGAUUCUCCCCGCCACCCUAUGCAUGGAACCAUAAACGCCAAUCAUGCAAUCAGCCAUCGCCAGAAGGAAGAGGAGAUAUUAAAAAGCCUCGCCAAGCAUCGUCCGAGGUGAAGGCCUUGCGGUCUGAAGAGGGUGACGGGUCAUUUGAGCUAAAGUCUGAAUAUAACCAAGUCACCAGAGAGAGAAAAGAAUAUGGACUUGGGAGGAUGGUCUUUCUACUUACAACCUAAAGAGUUGACUGGGUGAAGUCAACG